CUCCGUCCUAGCUCGCGUGCUGGUGGUCGCUGCAUGGCACACCCCCGUGUCUCGUGCAACGUUCGCGUGCGCGGAGCGAAGACAAGAUCGCAUUCACCCUUGAGGCGUGCUUGGGCGGCACCUCGACUCAGACUCCCAUCAUCCACCUGCUGUGCGGUUUGAGUUGCAAUCAAUCAGGAGCGGGAGUUUGCUUCGAAAACAACGCAUACAACAUUAGAGGUCGCAAGAGGGGGCAACACCAAGUUUGGCAAGACAUCAGGCUUCGAAGCGGGUCCUCGACGCUAUCGAAGGAGUUUCGACGAGCAUACCAAAGGGCCACCUUGGCUUGAGGCUUGGACUGGAGCGCUAAUUGGCGGUGGUCAACAACACGAUUCGAUUCCAAGCUUGAACUGGCGGCGCAGGCAGCUUCAAGGUCCAGUCAAAGGCGCCGAAUAGAUUCUGAUCGCCGCUUACCAAUAGCAGAAUGGCACUGCCAAAUCUACGAAGGAUCUUUAGGUGAGCAUGAUGAGCGCCGUUCUCGCCCAACCAGGUAAGGGCGUGGCAGUCCUUUGAUCUGAGAUUCGCGUCAAGAUGCAGAGUCACAAGGAGACUCACGCGCAGACUUCUUCUGUUUCUGAUGCCUUUUGACUCUUGGCCACAAAUGCGUCGUCAUCAUUCAUCGCCUCUACCUUGCAGCGCAGCGCGCAGUCCAGCUCAGGAAAGAGCAGUCUCUCGACAAGCAUUCUUCAGAUUCGUGACCUUUAUGGCUUCUUGCGUCUUCAUCGCGCUCCUUUCGAGCCCCAAGAGAAGAGCCGCCUUACUUGGCGCGGGAAGUGGAAGCAGCUGACGUGAGCGCCCUUGAAGCACUUAAAAUCUACGCAUUGUAGGGAUGAGAGGGAUGUUCCGGGGCACUCAGCAGCCGUCCGGUCGAGGACGUCCACCUCGCUGCCGUAAGGGCACUUGAUCUCCUGCCUCUUGGCUUGAGGAUUAGCCACCUCACCCGCUGCUCGUCACCAAUUUCCGCGGUCUAUCAACGGGGCUCAAGAGGGAGACACUGCUUCUCGAGAAGCGGAUCUGAUCGCAAAUGUGCACCUCCAUCUCCACUAGCAAGGCUGCGAGCUCCAAGUACGCUUCUGCACGUCGCCUGGAAAGGGCCACAGGUAUGCAUUUCGGACGAGAAGGAUGCAAUGCUCGGUGUUUUGUAGGAUGAAGGAGGAAUGUUGUGUGGUGCGGUGUGUGAGAAUUGUGUUCGAGAGAGGGCGCUUGCGACGAACGGGGUUUGACUAGUGUGUGGGAGACUGGAUCUGCGAGGAGCAGAGGAAAUCGAGAGUCACGGCACUUUGUGGGAUACGGAGAUAUCGUGAACCAGGUAAUGGACGAGAUUGUGAGGAGAGGCUCAGAUCUUGACUUGGUAUGGGUUGGAAACCGGAACGAAGAUGAUGUGGUACUUUGGGAAUCUUGAUGCGCCCUAGCCUCGGAGGCCUGCCCACGAUGCACAGAGCGCUGGCAGAUUGAGCUGCGCAAAUCACCAACGAGAAAAUGGCUGAACAAGGGAAAUGGAGCAAUUAGCGAGAAAGGCAUCGACCAUAUGGUUGGCGCCGAAGGACAAUUGAAGUGUAGGGGAAAGCCAGAGCGCAGAGUAGGAUUCGAAAGCCACAGCGGGAGCCGAAUGAAGCGAUUAGAAGGCACGAUAGAGUUUCUCGGAGGUAUCUUUUGCGGGGGCUCAGAAAGGUUGAGAGAGAGCGACUUAUAAUCGAUCCUGCUCAGCGUGUU